AUGGAAACCAAGACCCCCCACGCGAAAGAGGACGACCAGGUCGCUCACAUAGAAUCAAUCUCUGCUGGGCCGAUGGGCCGAUACGAGACGCUGGCCCCAUGGGAGACGAUGAAAUUCAAACUCUGCACAGCCUACGUCUUUGUUGCAGCUUUUGCUGCCGCAACGGACGGGUAUCAGACUGGACUCAACGCCGGUAUCCUCGUCAACCCGGGCUUUGUGAAACAGUUUGCCACUGAAAAAACCUCGAAAGGAAAAGACGCCCUCGCUGCUGAUAUCAUGGCUGGCUGGGGGACCAUCCUGCCGGGCAGCGUUCGCGAGCUCCUGGGCUCUGUUGCCCGCCAGUGUUUGUGCAGAGUCCUUGUCUCAGAGAGGGAGCAUUUGCUGGUCGCCAAGAUGCUUGCUGGUAUUGGUCUUGGAUGUCUGCAAUGCACCCUGCCAAUGCACAUUGCUGAAGUCGCGCGGACCCGCAUUCGCGGCAUUGUGCUGAUGACCUAUAACCUGUGGUGA